AUAUUGUACGUUGGUUUAAUACGUUACGGAUAAAUUCAAGAAAAUUAUUUUAAAAUUAAUUUUUAUAUUGUAGUACGAUAAUGCCACAAAAAGAAUUUCCAUCAUUAAAAAAUGAUUUGAUUUUGAAAGCUGUAAAAGGAGAAUUUACAGAACAUAUACCCAUAUGGAUAAUGCGUCAAGCUGGGAGAUACCUUCCAGAAUUUCAGGAAGUUAGAGCAAAACAUGAUUUUUUUUUUGUUUGUCGAACACCAGCUUUAGCAUCUGAAAUUACUUUGCAACCUAUAAAACGAUUUGAUCUAGAUGCUAGUAUUAUCUUUUCUGAUAUUUUAGUUAUUCCACAAGCAAUGGGUCUAACUGUUGAAAUGAUUCCAGGAAUGGGUCCAGUUUUACCUAAACCUCUAAAGGAUCCAACAGAUUUAGUCAGAUUACUUCAUCCAAAUGUGGAAGAGGAUCUAAAAUAUGUAGGAGAUGCUAUAACUUUAACAAGACAUAAAUUGGAAGGAAAAGUACCAUUAAUUGGCUUUAGUGGUGCUGCAUGGACAUUAAUGAGCUACAUGAUCCAAGGUGGAGGCAGUUCUACAAUGACAAAGGCACGAGAAUGGUUAUAUAAAUAUCCAGAAGACUCUCACAAGCUUUUGCAACGUAUUACAAAUGUAAUAAUAGAUUAUCUUGUAAUGCAAGUGAAAGCUGGAGCACAGUUAUUGCAAAUAUUUGAAAGUCAUGCUAAUUUUCUUAAUGAUGAAUUAUUUGUGAACUAUUCAUUUAAAUAUUUGAAAGAAAUUAGCGAGACAGUGAGACAACGAUUGAAAGAAGAAAAUAUAUCUGAAGUACCAAUGAUUGUUUUUCCUAAAGGUGCAACCAUGAAUUCUUUGGAAAUGUUGGCAAAAUCUAAAACUUAUGAAAUAUUAGGUUUGGAUUGGACUAUUGAUCCUGUAGAAGCAAGAAAGAGAUUUGGUUUUGAAAUUACUUUGCAAGGAAAUUUGGAUCCAUGUGCAUUAUAUGGUUCUGAACAAGAAAUAAUCAAACGUGCUCAAGAUAUGGCAACAAAGUUUGGUAAAACGCGAUAUAUUGCGAAUUUGGGACAUGGCAUUUUACCAGAUACACCAAUUUCAUCAGUUACUGCUUUUAUUAAGGGGAUUCAUUCAGUAUAAUUUCUCUGUUUUUCUUGUCUAUAUC